GCGGGUCAGCGCGAGCCACUGCAGUGAGUCCGUCACGGCUCCGGAGCGAGCGCGAGGCAGCAGCCCCCGAGCCGCCUGGCCCUCUGGGUCCCGCUCGCCGUCCCUUCCUUCCUCCCCGCCUCUCGCCGCCUCUCCCGCGCUCUCUAAAUCUCGAUCUUAAUUUCUUUCCCCCCCCUCAGCCCUGCCCGCUUCCUCGCGUGCCCAGUCACCCGGCCGGCGCGGGCCCCGCGGCGCCGCCUCCCCUCCCCCACCCGCACCCCCUCCCCGCGGGCGUCCCGAGGGCCGCCGCCGCUUCCUGCAAGGAGCUGGUCCGACCGCCGACACUCUUCCUCCAAGAGCGAGCCGCCGACCCGCCGAGCAAAAUGGGAAAUGAAGCAAGUUACCCUUUGGAAAUGUGCUCACACUUUGAUGCUGAUGAAAUUAAAAGGCUAGGAAAGAGAUUUAAGAAACUUGAUUUGGACAAUUCUGGUUCAUUGAGUGUGGAAGAGUUCAUGUCUCUGCCUGAAUUACAACAGAAUCCUUUGGUACAGCGAGUAAUAGAUAUAUUUGACACAGAUGGGAAUGGAGAAGUAGACUUUAAAGAAUUCAUUGAAGGAGUCUCUCAGUUCAGUGUCAAAGGAGAUAAGGAACAGAAAUUGAGGUUUGCUUUCCGUAUCUAUGACAUGGAUAAAGAUGGCUAUAUUUCCAACGGGGAACUCUUCCAGGUGUUAAAGAUGAUGGUGGGGAACAAUCUGAAAGACACACAGUUACAGCAAAUUGUAGACAAAACCAUAAUAAACGCAGAUAAAGAUGGAGAUGGAAGAAUAUCCUUUGAGGAAUUCUGUGCAGUUGUAGGUGGCCUAGAUAUCCACAAAAAGAUGGUGGUAGACGUGUGACUCUUCAAAGAGCACCACCCAACACUUUUGCUUUCUUCUCCAUCUCUGAAGAUCUGCUCAAGACGUCCAGCAAUGCUCUCUGUGUAUUUAAAUGGAAGUAUUUUUCUCUGUGAAGCCACAUUUUCCAACAUGAGCCUCAUGAAGCCAACUAAGUGUUAUUGAACUCUUACUCUCUCAAUAACUCAGUGUAGCACUUUAAAGUCUGAAGGACAGCAGCAUGAAAAGAGCAUAUCAUUGUGGUGGAGAAAGGGAAGGGUUGGCUUUUUAAUUUAUUUUUCUUCAUCUUUUAUAACAAGAAAGUAUCUAUAUAUACAUAUGUAAAUAUUUAUAUAUAGAUAUAUGUAGCUUUCUAUAUAUGUAGUAGGUUGGCUUUUAAUUUAAUAUACUUGAUUCAGAAACAAAAUGAUAGAGUACAAAAGUGCCAAGCAGAACAUACAGCAUCCUUACUUUUAUUUCACACAGUUUUAUAUAUAGAUAGAAGAUUGUACAA